UUUUAUCCUAGAAUUGCCUUUAUAAAACCCACAGCUACGUUCAAUAUCUCAUUAUCUCUCUCUCUCUCUCUCUCUCUCUCUCUCUCUCUCUCCAAGAAAACAAAAUGGACAAAAAGCCAUGUGACUCCCAGGAAGCUGAUGUGAGAAAAGGGCCAUGGACAAUGGAAGAAGACUUGAUCUUGAUCAACCACAUCGCUAACCAUGGUGAUGGUGUAUGGAACUCUCUCGCUAAAGCAGCUGGUCUGAAACGUACUGGAAAGAGUUGUAGGCUCCGAUGGCUGAACUAUCUGCGCCCUGACGUUCGAAGAGGGAACAUUACUCCUGAGGAACAGCAGUUGAUCAUUGAACUGCAUGCCAAGUGGGGAAACAGGUGGUCGAAAAUCGCAAAGCAUCUUCCAGGAAGGACUGACAAUGAAAUAAAAAACUACUGGAGGACUAGAAUCCAGAAGCAUAUUAAGCAAGAAGAGGCAUUAUCUGGGCAGAGUUCAGAGAUAAAUGAACAUGCAAGCACAAGCAUGCAGGUAUCUGGUAUGAUUGAGACCUACUCUCCACCAUCUUACCAAGAGACUGUAGAGGCUUUUCCAGGAGCAACCUUAGCUCCUGAAUCCUAUGACAACUGCUGGAGCAUUGAGGAUCUCUGGUCCAUGCAGUUACUUAAUGGUGAUUAAUUAAUUUGGUUUGUUUAUAAGGGAUGAGCACAGGAAGUAUUUUCUCUAUAAGUUGUUUUUUAUAUUGGCUUGUUAUAGGAUCCUCUCUAUCUAUAGCCUGCAUCCACUAUAAAUAUAUAUUAAUUAUUAUUAUAUACAAAUUAUAUGUAUACCUUUCAAUUAAUCUUCAAGACUUUGGUUGUA